AUGGGCCCAGGUGGCUCGUCACCGUACGCUCGGCGCCAGCAUGCCUUGAGAGUGACCCGAUCUCCUCAUCAUAAUGCAUCUGGUGCCCACAACGUUGUCGACGUGAACCGCAUCCGAGAGGGAACCGACGUUCGCACCACGAUCAUGCUUCGAAAUAUCCCCAACAAGGUCGACCAGGUCAUGCUGAAGGGCAUCAUUGACGAGUCCAGCUGGGGCAAAUACGAUUUCAUGUACCUCCGCAUUGAUUUUGCCAACGAUUGCAAUGUGGGCUACGCCUUCAUCAACUUCGUGGACCCUCUAGACAUCAUCGACUUCGUCAAAGCCCGCGGCAACCAGAGAUGGAACUGUUUCAAAAGUGACAAAAUCGCCGAGAUCUCGUAUGCCACCAUUCAGGGCAAAGACUGCCUUGUUCAGAAAUUUCGCAACAGUUCGGUCAUGCUGGAAGCAGAGCACUAUCGUCCCAAGCUGUACUUUACCGAGAACGGCCCCUGCCCUGAGCUCGCCGGUGAAGAAGAGCCGUUUCCUACUCCCGACAACCCGUCCAAGAUGAAGAGAAGCUGCGAGAAUGCGGAACAUGUAGGACUCUUCACGCCCAACGCCGGCCAGCAUUUUCGAGAUGAGCAGCGACGGCGACGUUCGCAAUUCGACCGAGGCACUCGCUUCGCAGCUUUUGAGGAGUAUGACUACGACGGAGCACUGCCUCGCAACUUGUUUGUUUCACAGUAAACGACAAACGGGGCGGUCACACGACUGAGAAGAUGCAACUCGAGCCCGAAUGCACGGCAUAUACCGGAAAUCUACACUCGUUUCAAUUACUGGUGCAUGAGGAAAGGUUUACCGCUCACUGCAAAGUCAUCACAUUUCUCAGGC